GUAGUCCUGGGGCGGCCUAUGUACUACGACUCCCAGCGUGCCCCGCAGCCGAGAGCCCGGAUCCGGAACCGGAUGUGAUUUGCUGCGCCGGCGAGGAUCGCCGGAGAAAUGGCCACGGGGACAGACCAGGUGGUGGGACUUGGCCUCGUUGCUGUGAGCCUGAUCAUCUUCACCUACUACACCACCUGGGUGAUUCUCUUGCCAUUCAUCGACAGCCAGCAUGUCAUCCACAAGUACUUCCUGCCCCGAGCCUAUGCUGUUGCCAUCCCACUGGCCGCUGGCCUCCUGCUGCUCCUGUUUGUAGGAGUGUUCAUCACCUAUGUAAUGCUGAAGAACCAGGUGACCAAAAAGGCUCAGUGAAGGCCCAGUGGGGAUGAGGCUGCUGGCCCCUUCUCUGCCUCCCCUCUAGGGUACACCAAGGGCAGGGGCCCACAGGACCUGUCCAGGCUGCUCUGCAGACACCCUGGAGGAUGGAGCUGUUCAGAACUCACCCCUGACUGACAAGAGCGCCCAAUCCCCUGCUCACCCUUUCCAGAAGUUAGGGGGAGGAGUACCUGACGUCUCCUCUCCUCCUUCUGGUCAGGGCCUGAAAGAUGGUGGUCCUUUCCUGCCUUACCUGCAGAUUCUCAUUUUUUUCCCUUUGGGUUCUACCCUUUUGCCUCAGUUUGCCUCCUGUUGCAUGCUGAUGUUGGAUUUGGCAGGUUCUAAGACAUCACAUGACCUCUCCCCACAUGUCCUCCACCAAGGCAGCUUCCCUGGGUCUGACAUAGCCCCAGAUCCCACAGGACUUCUGGACCUGGAAAUCCUAGCGGGAGGACAGACAGGCCGCAGGACUACCCCAGGCCUCAGAACACAUUAGGGUGGCCACACAGGGCCCUCAGAUCUGCCGCUCCUCAUGGAGGCCCAGCCCUUCAGCCCUGACACUGGCCUUGGCCUGUUGGGGAAAACUGAACAAUAAAGGUUGUUGGUGUGUUUG